UGUUCCCUCAGCUGUGCCACUCGGCUCAGAGCUGUGGGACUCCACUGAAACAGGGCGGCCACACUUUGCUCUGUACACUUUCAGCUGUAUUCACACAUUUUAUCAGACAGUAUUCGAAAGAUUCGGACGAAUGGCUCCAUUUUAAUGUUUUCUUUGAUGGAUUUUACCGUGUGAUCUCAUUAACACCGACCGGAAGAGGAGGAGCACCAGCACCGUUAAAGCCGUCAUCCCGGGACUGAUAUCGACCACGUCCUGUGAGGUGGAGUGACAGACAGACCGACAGACAGACAGGGGGGUGCCUGGCUGCGGGGUCCAGAUGGGGAACAGCGCACUGAAGUCUCACCUGGAAACCUCCCAGAAGACUGGAGUGUUCCAGCUGACAGCGAAGGGACUGCAGGAAUUUCCAGAGGAGCUGCAACGACUCACCAGUAACCUGCGGACGGUGGAUCUGUCCGGGAACAAGAUCGAGGUACUUCCUGCCGCUGUUGAAAACUUCCUGCAGCUCAAGAGUCUGACGCUCAACUCCAACAGGCUCACCUCCCUCCCCAGUGAGAUCUCGAAGCUGAAGAAGCUAGAGACUCUCAGUCUGAAUGGGAACCGGAUCCAGCAGCUGCCCCCGACUCUGGGCCAGCUCAAAGCUCUCCGGACCCUCAGUCUGUCUGGGAACCUGAUCUCAGAGUUCCCCUCUGGACUGGGAACCCUGAGGCAUCUGGACCUGCUGGAUCUGUCCCACAACAAGAUCCAGAAUGUCCCUUCAGACGUGUCAGAACUGCAGGCCAUCGAGAUCAACCUCAACCAGAACCAGAUCUCCAUCCUGUCAGCAGAGGUGUCUCUGUGUCCCCGCCUGAAGGUCCUCCGUCUGGAGGAGAACUGUCUGGAGCUGUCUGCCAUCCCUCUGUCCAUCUUAAGGGACUCACAGGUGUCUCUCUUCUCUGUGGAGGGAAACCUGUUCGAGGUGAAGAAGCUCCGAGACCUGGAUGGAUACGACAAGUACAUGGAGCGUUUCACAGCCACCAAGAAGAAGUUUGCGUGAAGGCAUUUGCCUGGUGAGUCUGCACCUCAGGACAGCACCUGGAGACGGGGUCAGCAGAGACUCCACCCAUUGCCGCUGCUGAAAAACAGACCACAUACAACUGGGACAGUCCCCCCUCACAUGCCUCCCCCUCGCUCCCUCUGGCUGCCAGACUGCAAACUGAGACAAAGAGGACAUCUGUCCAACACCAAGACCUGCUGCUUCCGGUCUGAUUUAUCCUAUAGAUGGACGGACACACGGAAACCUGGAGGACAUGAAGAAACAGAUUUAACCAAGAGAAGAAGAAACCUUCACUGAACUGAAACAUUAACACAAUGCUUGUUGAUUCUCUGAUAUUUAAUGUUUGUCUUUAAAUUAUUUUUUUUCUUUAACGGUAACUUUCAUCUGAAUGUCUCUCUUAGAACCGCUGACGUAAAUAAAGAUCGAUGGUCGUCUCCCAGAUACGAGAGCUGCCAUCUUGUUCUGGUGAUGUCA